UCUACUUCGCAACAGAUCUUUCAACAAAAAUGGAAGAAAUUUUCAGCAACAUUGAUCUGGUCACAUAUAUGUGUAAAUUCCUAAAUUUCGAACAACAAUUACAAUUAGCACAAGUUUCCGAUGAAUUGAGAAAUUCUAUAGUGAAUUAUGUGUGGAAAAUUAAUUGUCAAGAAAUACAAAUCAUUAUUAAUGGAAUGGAAUCAUUUGUAGUAACGGAUAAAAGACAAGUAUUCGAAAACGAUUAUAAGGAUUAUUUUGACCCCGAUAUAUGGCAAAGAAAGAGUCUGAUUUUAACAAGUAAAAAUUUGGAAAAUUUUUUAAAUUUAAAUGCAAAUAAUAUUUACAAAUUACAAUUGAUUACAAACCGAGAUUCCGAUGAGAGUAUAUGGAAUGUCUUAACUUUGGGACUUAAAUUCCCAAAUCUUAAUGAACUACAUUGUCGGAAUAUAAAAUGCGAAAAUAUUGAUUUGCAACAAAUAGCGGAGAACUGUCCCAAGAUCGUUACAUUGAUACUAAAUAAUUGCCUUAGACAAAAAGGUAGAUUUUCAGAAAUUGGACUUAAUAUAGAUAAACAAAUUCUCUAUACUAUGCAGAAUUUUAAUAAUCUUUGUAUAUAUAACAGACAUUACAAUUUUUCAUGUCUUAAUGAUAUUGUUAAACAACUAAAGUUGCAGCAAUACACAACUAAUGAUGAAGGUUUUGAAGAUUUGAAGAAAAACGCUUUAAAUUCAAAUAAUUUCAAAUAUUACAAAGAACUAGAUUUGCCAAAUUUUAAAGCCUAUUCCGAUUUUCAAUAUUUCCAAAUAAAUUUCUUGACCCACUUGGAAAAUCUUUGCCAUUUAAGUCUAGGCUCUAUUUCCGUAACACACAAAAUUUCCAUUACCAAAAAAUUCUUCAAUGAUUUAACGAAAUCCUGUAAAAGUUUAACACAUCUAAACUUACGUAGAUUCAUUAUAAAUGAUUUCAUAAACUUGAAUACAUUAACAGAACUUUAUGUAGAUGAUUGCGAGGGAUUAAAGUAUUCAAAUUUGAAAACUAUAUUAAAUGGAAUGCAUUUAAAAUGUUUCAAAUCCAAUCGUAGCAAAUAUGAAGGAAAUUUUGAAAAUUUUUCUAUUUCUCAAACAUUGCAAAAACUCGACAUAGAUUUAUAUGACAAUAAUGUUAUUAUAAAGUUAUUAGAGCUUAAUGAAGCAAAUCUCUUAAACUUAACAGAAUUUCAUUAUAGUAAUGCUGAAAAGUUAAAAGUUUCUAAGUUUGCCAAAAAUAUACGAGUUUUGAGUAUAAGUACCGGCAAGUUAAUUGCUGAAGAUUAUUUCAAAUUGAAAUAUUUGCAAGAGAUCAUAUUAACUCAUAGCAGUAUUGCACUAUCUGAUUUGCUGCUAUUGCUAAAACUUGAAAAUUUAUAUAAAUUAUCAUUUUGGAAUAUUGUUUAUACCCAUGACCAAACUUCGGUUGUUUUAAGCGAAAUGAAAGCCUUUCAAACAAAUCUUCAACAUCUGCGAUUGUUUAAAUUUUUAAAAAGUUUUAUAAUAGACUUUUUGUUUGAUUUCUUAAAUAUCAAUACACAAUUAUCGUUUGCAUGUCACAUCGAACAUGCAAAGUCAAUAGCUGAAAUCGUGAGUCAAGAAACAUUUCCAAAACGAUUUAAGUACAUUAAUGUUUGCGGUGUUUCUAUAGAUUGUAAUUCUAUUCGGAAUCGUUGUGAGAAAACUAUGCAUCAAAUAGGUGAUCUUAUCAAAACCUUAGAAAUAACUAGUUUAAAACCUUAUUUUAUAGUUCAAUAAACUCCUUUAUUAUAUCAUUAAAGAUUGAACUAAUUAAUAUUUUCCUAUUACAAUACAAAGUGUUAUAAUUCUCAAAUAGUUUACGUGCAUUCUAAUAAAAGAAGAACUUAUAAACAGGAUAAGCAAGAACCAAAGUAAUGAAUAAGUUUCAAUUUUUUCACGGGCAU